CAGACCUGGGUUCUACAAAGCCUUUGCAGGAAACAUCAAAUGUUCAAAGUGUCCUCCACACAGUUCCAGCCACACCGAGGGUUCGGCACAGUGUCACUGCGAUAAAAACUACUACAGAGCCAGCAAGGACCCUCCCACCAUGGCCUGCACACGACCGCCCUCCUCUCCUCGUAACUUGGUAUUUAACAUCAACGAGACCGCCCUCUUUCUGGAGUGGACUCCGCCCAGCGACACAGGUGGUCGAAAGGAUGUAAGCUAUAACGUCUUCUGCUUCCGAUGUGGAGCCGAUGGCCAGGCCUGCGAGGCAUGCAACAGCAACGUGCGCUUCGUACCCAAACCCGCGGGCCUCACAAGCACCUCGGUGGUGGUCCAGGACUUUGUGGCGCACGCCAACUACACAUUCCAAAUCGAGGCUCUGAACGGUGUGUCGGGCUUGGGCAGAUCCGAGAGACAGCUUGCCAAUAUCACCGUCAGCACAGAACAGGCUGGUCCGUCUCUGGUAGGUGUGGUGAGAAAAGACUGGGCAUCCCAAACUAGUAUCGCCCUCUCCUGGCAGGAAACCGAGCAGCCGCAUGGCGCCAUACUAGACUACGAGAUCAAGUAUUAUGAAAAGGAACAGGAGCAGUUAAGUUACUCCUCUACACGUACGAAGUCUCCAAGCGCGAUAGUGACCGGACUGAAGCCCUCCACUGCUUACGCCUUCCACGUACGCGCUCGUACCCUCGCCGGCUACAGCAGUUACAGCCCCAAGUUUGAGUUCGCCACAGGAGACGAGAACUCUGAGGAGGCAGCUGAUCAGGGCCAGGUGUUGGUGAUUGUUACAGCCACAGUGGGGGGCUUCUCUCUCCUCAUCAUUCUUACCCUCUUCCUUCUCAUCACUGGCAGGUGUCAGUGGUACAUCAAAUCUAAGAUAAAGUCAGAAGACAAAAAAAGAACACAGUAUCAAAAUGGGCAUGUGCCAUUCCCGGGAUUAAAGACUUACAUUGACCCGGACACUUACGAGGACCCCUCACAGGCUGUUCAUGAGUUUGCCAAGGAAAUCGAUCCAUCUCGUAUCCGAAUCGAAAGAGUCAUCGGAGCAGGUGAGUUUGGGGAGGUGUGCAGUGGCCGGCUGCGUAUCCCAGGAAAAAAGGAAAUUCCUGUGGCUAUAAAGACUCUGAAGGGGGGAUACACUGAGCGCCAGAGACGGGACUUCCUGCGAGAGGCGAGCAUCAUGGGACAGUUUGAUAAUCCUAACAUCAUCAGACUGGAGGGUGUGGUUACAAAGAGUCGGCCUGUGAUGAUAGUGGUGGAAUACAUGGAGAAUGGCUCCUUGGACUCUUUUCUGAGGAAACAUGACGGACACUUCACCGUGAUCCAGCUGGUUGGUAUGCUGCGUGGCAUCGCUUCAGGUAUGAUGUACCUGUCCGACAUCGGCUAUGUCCACCGGGACCUGGCAGCUCGAAAUAUUCUAGUGGAUGACAACCUGGUGUGUAAGGUGUCGGACUUCGGUCUGUCCAGGGUGCUGGAGGACGACCCGGAGGCGGCUUACACCACCACAGGGGGUAAAAUCCCCAUCCGUUGGACAGCUCCUGAAGCUAUUGCCUACAGAAAGUUCUCCUCGGCCAGCGAUGCUUGGAGCUACGGUAUUGUCAUGUGGGAAGUCAUGUCAUAUGGAGAAAGGCCCUACUGGGAGAUGUCCAACCAAGACGUAAUCCUGUCUAUAGAGGAGGGCUACAGGCUCCCUGCGCCCAUGGGUUGCCCCGUGGCCCUGCACCAGCUCAUGCUUCUCUGCUGGCAGAAGGAACGCAGUCGGCGGCCACGGUUUAAUGAUGUUGUCAGCUUCCUAGACAAGCUGAUCCGCAAUCCCAGCAGCUUGCUCACACUGGUGGAAGAUGUAAAUAGCUUCCCAGAAUCCCCUGAGGAUAUGCCAGACUACCCUCUCUUCAUAUCUAUCGGCGAUUGGUUGGAUUCCAUCAAAAUGAGUCAGUACAAGACCAACUUCAUAGCAGCGGGAUACACAACCCUGGAUUCCAUAUCCACCAUGAGUAUUGAUGACGUGAGAAGAAUCGGAGUGUCUCUGAUUGGCCACCAGAGGAGGAUAGUGAGCAGCAUACAGGCACUACGACUGCAGUUCCUCCACAUUCAACAGAGUGGCUUCCAUGAAAAUUGGACCAUUUACCCGGAGGAACCGCAGUAAACACGGGAACAAAGCAGCGUUCUUGUUGUUACGAAGAUGUCAUCUGUCAAUCAUCCUGCAAGUCGUUGUGAUUGACCGGACUCCAAACCCGAGAACUCUGAAUAGCAUAUUUGCUAUUUUAAUGUAUUAAAUUAUGUGUCUUAAGAGAUUUUCCUGGUUUAUUCAUCGAGCCUCUAAAACGAGAGACUAUGGAUCUGUUGAAUGUCUUCAGCUUUAAAUGGCUAUUAUACAUUGUUUAUCACAUCUGAUAUUUAUCCUGAUAUUUAUAUGUACGUGUGACUUUGUUUCUUUUUUCGGUUGCCUUUCGUUUCGUUCCUUUUCUAAGCAAUAUGUGCAGUCUUUAGAAAACCAAGAAAAGAGCCAAGGUAGGGAGCGGAGAGCUUUAUCUUGCUCUGUUGAAAAAAAAAAAAAAAAAAAUGCCACACAAAACCAUUGACUUCCUCAGGCUGUCAGCGAGGUGGUAAAAGUCUGACCUUUCAGAAGACUGUAAGCCAUUUUCUUACUCCUGUGCACCACGGUCAAAUUGAACAAACUUAGACAAAUCCAUUCAGAGAACAGCACACAUUUGUUCAGUCUGCUUUGGUGUACAGAUUCUACAGACACCUCUGAUAUUUUAUCAGUUUGCCUUGCGACUAUGAAACCAUCGUCAUAUAGUCAGUGGGGAAUCAUCGAGGCGACAGGUUGCAGUAAAAUGUUCUCAUUUAGAGGACGCCACAAUAUAGCAGCACUCUGCAUGUUGGCAAGUACUUUUCCCAACACAGCAGGCCUACAUACGCUCAUACCUUCCAUGGCAACGUACGCGUUUGCAGUCUCUUCCGCUUCCACCAGACAUACGAACGCACAAUACCGUACCAUGUUCAUUAGCUGAUACAGGCCCCCAUCCUUCGAUUGGCUCUUUGUGCCUGAACACAUGUUCGGGACGCUGAGACCACUUGACAAACUUCAAGUUGCAACGUGCAAAACGUCAAAAGCGCAAGAGGACCGAGUGCUUACUUCAAGCAGGGCAAGGGAAAACUCUGGGCAAUCAGGUCAUGAUGUAUUGUUCAUAGUAAACUAAUUGUACAUUAUUUUUUAUAAUUUAUAAAGAGUACAGAGAGAUAAAGGUGAUAUAGGUUGAAUGUUUGUAAAAAUAAACGAUAACAGAUA